AUGGUCGCGUCGCAGCCCGCUGGACAUGGCAAGGCACCGGCACUGCCGGUGCGUUCUGCCAAGGGAAAGACAAAGGCCAAGCAGCGCUACCUAAAAGCGAAAAAGGAGCGUAGAAAAGCGAAAAAGGCGGCGACGCCCAAGGCCCCUGGCGAAGGAAAAAAGAAGAACAAGGAGCGACAGCCCUCGAAGAAGGCCGAAAAGAUGGAGACGAACGAGGAGGAGAGUGACAACAGCGAUGGGAGUGAUAGCGACAGCAGCGACAGUGACAGCAGCGACAGUGACAACAGCGACAACAACGAGAGUACGGCCGCCGAGCCUGCGUCGGACACGCCACUGCCGGACUCGAUCGCUGCCGACCCAUUGCAAGCAAGCGCCCCUCCGGACGAGGUUGCUGAAAAAGGGGUCCCCGCAGAGCCGGAGCAGGAUGACGCGGAGGACCCUCAGUACCUCUUUCGCUUCCCCAGGCCGCAGCAGACGGGCGCAUCGGACGCCAAGCUCCUUGCGUCACUCGGCCUCCCCCAGGGCCUUGCACGCCCGACACUCGUUGACGCUGCGCAUACGCAGUCGCUCGAUGCGGACCUCUCCGCCCAAGAUACCCAAGAUAACCGCCCGACCGAGCAUAUCGGCGUCACAAUCUCGCGCUCGAUCAAGCGCCAGCUCGACCGUCUCGGUAUUUCCGAGUGGUUCGCCGUGCAGGCGUCCGUCAUUCCUCUCUUGCUGAAUCGCAAGACAGAGAGCGAGCUUUACAUGCCCUAUUCGCCCCCCAGAGACUUGUGUGUUUCUGCCCCGACCGGCAGCGGCAAGACCCUUGCGUAUACCGUUCCGAUCGUCGAGCUGCUGCAGACGCGCACGAUUGUGCAGUUGCGUGCGCUAGUCCUAGUGCCGACGCGCGACCUCGCGAUUCAGGUCGCCGAGAUGUUUGAUGCGGUUGGAAAAGGCAGCGGGCUGCGCUCGCUCGUCGUCACCGGCAACCACAGCUUCAAGCACGAGCAGGCGCAGCUUGUGAGCCGCGGCCCCCAUGGCUAUACCAGUAAUGUCGAUGUGCUCAUCGCAACUCCGGGCCGCUUGGUCGAUCAUGUGCAGAGCACGCCCGGAUUUACGCUGCAGCACCUGCGGUUCCUGGUGAUUGACGAGGCGGACCGGCUGCUCGGCCAGUCGUUCCAGCAGUGGGUCGCGAUUCUUCUCGAUGCGCUUAUGCCCGACGCGAGCGACCAAGUGGCCCUCGCGCCCCCCGUGCUCCAGCACGAGGCGCCGUCGUGGGCGCACGACGAUCUCGAAGUGCCCGUGCCUAGCGUCCAAAAGCUGCUCUUUUCUGCUACGCUGAGCCGCGAUCCUGCCAAGAUGAAUGCCCUGCAGCUCCGCAAUCCCCACUACGUCAGUGUCCAGGACCAGACCGAAGGUGCUGAGCUCGAUACCGACCACUAUGCCCUGCCGGCGGGUCUGCAUGAGCACAUGAUGGUGACCGAGACGAGUACCAAGGUGCUGCAUCUCUUGUACCUCUUGCACGGCUUGCCCGAGCCGGUGCGUCAUGCUCUGUGCUUUACCAAGAGCGUGGACGCGGCGAACCGCUUGGUGCGUCUCUUGUCUUUCUUUGAGGAGCGCUGGGCCCUGGGCGAUAAGCCUCUCUGUGUACAGUACUAUUCGAGUGAUCUCGGUGCUGCGGAGCGCGUGCAGAUGCUCAAGCGUUUCCAGCAAGGCGAGAUCGAUCUGCUGGUGUGCUCGGAUCUGAUCGCGCGCGGUAUUGAUCUGCCCGAGGUGCGCCAUGUGAUCUCCUACGAUGUGCCGAUCGACAUGGCCAAGUACGUGCACCGUGUGGGCCGUACUGCGCGUGCGGGCCGCACGGGCGACGCGUGGAGCCUAGUGGAAGAGCAGGAAGUGUACCACUUCAAGCGCAUGCUCCGCCAGGCCUCGCACCUCGACAACGUCGCCAACGAAAAGGUGAAACCGGCCGAAUGGGAACGGUUUGUUCCGUGUUACAAGGACGCGCUCGCGCAGCUUGCUGCCGUUUAUAGCCAGCAGCACUAG